GCUCAUCAGGGAGGCCAGCUGGAUGGCCCACGCGCACCGGGCCCUGCUGGCGUCGCGCCUCGUGCUCGCCCGCUCCUACGCCUUCGCCUACUACAUGUUCGGCGACGAGGUGCGCACCUACCCGUCGGAGAAGGCCAACCUGCCCAUCGCCAAGGUCCUGUUCGAGGACCAGCAGUGGCAGCUGGAGGAGAACGCCGAGAAGCUGUCCAAGGUGCUCGCCACCGAGGCCAAGCCUGUGCUGGCCGAGGAGGAGGUCCUCCGGGCCAUGCAGGAGACCUCCAACCUCGCCAAGAUCGUCGACACGCACUGCAGGGAGAUGUACAAGUGCAUCCAGGACGAGCUGCUGCCGCUGCUCCUGGAGCCCAUGACCAUCGCCCCCUAUCGCCCCGAUGGACCCGACAAGGCCAAGGAUCUGCCGGCGCCGUGAGAGGGAUGAGCGCAGGAAGCCUAUCUCGGCCUGCAUCGACCGCGCCUCCCUACUCUAUCCAGACAAAAGGCGCCGUGAGAGGGAUGAGCGCACGAAGCAUAUCUUGGCCUGCAUCCACCGCGCCUCCCUACACUACUCUAUGCAGAGCUGCUGGUUACCUCUUCCUACGGUGCUCCAUCGGCAACAGCAAAUAAGUUAGGCCAGCUCGCGAUAAUAAAACUCCCUCCCUAUAUAUAGUUAGCCUAUUAAGAUAGAAUUCAUCAUUAUCUGUUGUUGUUGAAACUGGUACUGGAAAAGACGGAUGAAAUUCGAUG